UUCCGGUACACAUCCGGUUUGGCUUCCACAUAGGUAAUGGGUGUGUUCUGCUCCGUUUCUUCGCAGCCGACGUGACUUCGCCUCCGACUAUGAGCGCUAUCAUCCCGCGGAUAGAGCAGCUGUCCGCCCGCGUCGUCCGGGUUCUGGGCUGCAACCCGGGGCCGAUGACCCUGCAGGGGACGAACACGUACCUGGUCGGAACCGGAGAAAGGCGAGUGCUGAUCGACACUGGAGAACCCGCUGUGCCCGAGUACAUCAGCAGUCUGAAACAGGCCCUGAGUCAGUUCAACGCCAGCAUCCAGGAGAUCAUCGUCACCCACUGGCACCGCGACCACUCAGGCGGAGUGGAGGACGUCUGCAGGGACAUCACUGGUCCCGAGGUCAGAGUCAGCAAACUGCCUCGCUCCGGCCCUGUCGAAGACGCGGCCGGACAGAAAAGCUUCACCUACCUGAAAGACGGAGAUGUUGUCCAGACGGAAGGGGCCACGCUCAAGGUGCUGUUCACCCCGGGCCACACCGACGACCACAUGGCGCUGCUGCUGGAGGAGGACCAGGUGCUCUUCUCCGGAGACUGCGUCCUGGGCGAGGGCACGGCCGUGUUCGAGGACCUCCACGAUUACAUGAAGUCUCUGAGGAUCCUGCUGGACUCUCGGGCCGACGUCAUCUACCCCGGUCACGGACCCGUGGUGCAGGACGCUGCCUCUAAGAUCAGAUACUACAUCAGCCACCGGGAACAAAGGGAGCAGCAGAUCCUGGCAGCCAUUCAGAAGGGAGCCGGACGGCCGUUCUCCUCGAUGGAGCUCGUCAAGAUCGUCUAUAAGGACACCCCUGAGUACCUGCACAAAGCGGCCAACGUGAACCUGGUCCAUCACCUCAAGAAACUGGAGAAAGAAGGCACCAUCUGCCUGGUGAACGAAUCUUCACCAAACAGCAAAUGGAGGAGCAACCUGUGAAGAAGUGCUCUCUGAAUUGACCUUUUCGCCACGGAUGAUGGAAAUCCAAUUAUCACCUCAUAACAUAAUAUUUACGACUGAAUUAUUCCUUAUAUCUGCUGAUUGACGGAGAUGUCACUGAUGAAUCUUGAAUGUUUGUCCCACUUGUUGCCUUGGAUGUCUCGGAUCUCACUGCCUUCGCUUUAACUAGCAGCCGAUAACUCAAAACUUAACCAUUGAGAACAAAACCCUAAAAACAGCUGUGCGGUGAGUGAAAAGGCCUUUCAUUGGUGGAGAAGUUGAGAGAACAGUCCACAAACAUAUCACUUUAUUAAAACUUGUAAUUUUCUGCUCAGUCUUGAAUAUUAAACACUUGUUGCAAGAAAUGCUGCACAUGUUUUGAAGCCAGACACUAGGUGGCAGCCUCUGCUAAUUAAUUUUAAUAAAGGGGCUUUGAACAGUAAAUUGUGAUAAUGUACAAUUUAGCACAGAUGUUUUGCAUUUGUGAAAAUAAAAAAUAAGUAAAGAAUAUUUGAUGGAUUGUUUAAAAAAUAUUAAUGAUGCUAAAUUAUUGUGUAUUUGUGAAAAUUAUUAGAUCAUCCUGAGCUCAUCAUAAACGUUUCUAUCUCAACAAUAUAAGUCAUAAGGGUCUCUGCUUCAAAAACAAGAACAGAUGAAUACGAACUCAAGUAAAUCGUCAUGAUGACGAUUGUGUGAGUAAUAAUGAGAUCGACUGUGAACCUUUGACCUGUGGUCGCCCCCCUAGUGAGUCUCAUCUGUUUUCGUGUUGACUAACAGCUGUGAUGUGAUCUGACUGUUUGGGGAAUUUUAUUUUGUUAUAUCAAAACAGGAGGAAGUUUUUCUGUAGGUUGUUCUACUUAAAGGUGAUUUCAGGGUACCCGUUUAAAAUAUAGUAUGGAACUAUUGAUAAGUGUUGUAGAAUACAUCUUGUAUAUUACUGUAUUUGUAUUGAUAGUAAAAGUCUUUCACGAAUGUAUUUGGGAUAUAUUGAGAGAUUAUUUGCAUUAAAUAUACAAUUUCCUUCAGAAGAGAAGUAGCUAAAUAGAUGACAAUUGGGGCUCUAAAUCACUAAAGGGAUAUGUUAUUCACAUCGUUUGUUUUUAGUAAAGCUGUAAAACACC